GCGGCGGAGCCCCCGGCGCGUGCCCAUGGGGGACGCGCCGGUGCCGGAGCUGGAGGCGGUGCUGGAUGGAGGCGGGUGGGACGUGGGGACAGCUCUGGAGGGGUCCCCGGAGCCCCCCGGCCCCGUGCGCCUGGGCAGGAACGUUUGCUACGUGGUGCUGGCCGUGCUCUUCAACCAGGAGGACGCGGUGCUGCUGGUGCAGGAGGCCAAGCCCGAGUGCCGGGGCCGCUGGUACCUGCCCGCGGGCCGCAUGGAGCCGGGCGAGGGCAUCGCGGCCGCGCUGCGCAGGGAGGUGCGGGAGGAGUCGGGGCUGGAGUGCGAGCCCCUGACCCUGCUGGCGCUGGAGGAGCGCGGCCCGGCCUGGAUCCGCUUCGCCUUCCUGGCACGGGCCACGGGUGGGACCCUGAAAACCCUCGAAGAUGCCGACGCCGAGUCCCUCCAAGCCACCUGGUGGCCCGGGGACCCUCGCUCGUUGCCACUCCGCUCCCUGGACAUCCUGCCCGUGCUGGAGCUCGCCACCCGCUACCGCCGGAGCCCCGCGCACCCCCCGACACUGCCACGGGAACUGCCCUGCUCCCCGCUCUGCCUGCGCCUCCUCCUGCCCUUCUCCAACCCCUCCGGCCACCUGUGGCUGCUGCUGGCCACCUCUGGCACCCCUCACUUGCCCGUGGUGGCGUGUGGCACGUCCCCAUCCGAGCUGCGCGCGGGGCUGCGCUCGCCCCUGCUGCGGCUGCUGCGGGACCGCCUGGGCUGGGACGCGCAGCCCGGAGCUCUGGGGCUGCUGGGGCUGCAGCACCGCGCUGGGGGGCUUGGGGACACCGAUGGCAUCUGCUUCAACGUGGUGCUGAGCGUCCCCGAGGGGAGCCAGCGCGACGAGCCCCCCGAGCCCCGCGACCCCGCGCUGCGCUGGUGGCCCGUGCGGGAGGAGCGGCUGCGGGGGCGCGUCCUGGAGAGGCUCCGGGCGGCGGUGCCCGUGCGGAGUUAGGGCUCAAAAACAUGGAUUGGGGAAUG